CCAUGUCUUCUUCCUCAGAAAGACUUCUUCUUCCACAAUCAGGCACCCGGUGCCGUGUUGAAAACACUGGCUUGGUGAUCAUUGACCAGUCGCUUCUAAACCCCGCACAUUCGCUGUCUUACGCCUGUUUCCCCAGCGGUGCCAGUGGCCCUACCUCCCGCACCAUUCUUUUCGAAGACAUAUUAUGGUGUGAACAGCUCCAUGAAACCACAUACGCCGUCACGUACGCCACGCCUAUCGGCACCAACAUUGACACCAUGACCUUCACUGCCACCAUUGACGACGUGCCUACUGCGUAUACACCCACCCAGUCACAGGAUCUCAGUGCUCACAUUUUGCAACGGGCGUACGGCACAAGCAUUGUGAAGCCGUCAGUGUUGGUGCUCAUCAAUCCCCACGGUGGCCAGGGCAAGGCCAAGAGUAUCUACACGCACCGUAUCCAGCCGGUGUUGGAGGCGGCCAAGGCAGACAUUACGGUGAUAGAAACACUAUACUCCAAGCACGCGAUGGACGUGGCCCGAGAAUUGGAUAUAGACAAAUACGACAUCAUUGCGUGCUGCUCCGGCGACGGGAUCCCGCACGAGGUUAUCAACGGGUUCUACCAGCGGCCAGAUAAAGGUGCUGCUGCCUUCAACAAGUUGGUGGUGACACAAUUACCGUGUGGGUCUGGAAAUGCGUUGACGUUGAGCACUCAUGGCAGUAAUCGGGCUGCCGUGGCCACCUUCCGGAUGUUGAAGUCAGAGAAGACGCAGAUGGAUCUCAUGGCUCUCACCCAACUUGACGAUGAUGGCCACGAGCAAACCAGUCUUUCGUUUCUCUCUCAGUGCUAUGGUGCCAUAUCAGAUAGCGACAUAGGUACUGAACACUUGCGAUGGAUGGGUCCUAUUCGGUUCGACUUAGGGGUGGUUCAGAGGACGUUGAGCAGGGCUGUGUAUCCUUGUGAAGUGUAUGUCAAGUACUUGACCACCACCAAGGAUGAGUUGGUGUCGUAUUUCAACCAAUGCGUUGGCCAGGCUAAAGAAACGCAUGUUAUCACCAAAGAAACCCUUGACAUAAAGGGGCCUAAGCUCACCGAGAGCCCCCCAUCUGAUUGGAUCCAGGUGGACCAGAGUUUGACCGACAACUUGAGUAUCUUCUACGUGGGAAACAUGCCUAUGGUUUCGUCAAACACUCAGUUUUUUCCUGCUGCUCUUCCUAAUGAUGGUUCAAUGGACAUGAUCAUCACUGACGCCCGUACGUCGCUUCCUAAAGCAUUGCGGGCAUUGUUGGCAAUUGAGAAAGGAACUCACGUCGAUGAGCUCUUUGUUUCUCAUCACAAGGUGACUAGCUAUCGAUUGGUGCCCAAAUUACCGGAGAAUUCGAAACACUAUCUCUCGGUAGAUGGAGAAGACUUCCCGUUCAGAGCCUUCCAGGUAGAGGUACUUCCGAGCGUGUUGACUACGUUGACGAGUGACGGGAACUACGUGCCCACCAGCUUCCGCAAUUAGACCUAUUUUCUGUACCAAUGAACAUAUUUAUGCUUGGAUAA